AUGGGGCAUGCUGUGCACCAGUUCAAGGCUCUGGUUUGGAAGAAUUGGCUCUGCCGAGUGAGGCAACCGGUCCUGUCUCUCACUGAAAUAGUCUGGCCGUGUAUGCUUUUCUUAAUUCUGGCUGCAAUCCGCUUCCAAGAGCCCCCCAAACACAAGGAAAACUGUUACUUAGAAGCUCGGGAUUUACCAAGUCGAGGCCUUUAUCCUUUCAUGAGGACCCUUUUCUGUAAUGUUGGUUCAAGAUGCAAGAAUACUAGUUACACAACGCAGAAAAACAACCGCUUACAAAGUACUGCAGGCAUUGAAAGGGGUCCGGAGAAAUUCACAGGACUUGAUCUAGACUUCAUGAAAGAAAUAGAAGAACUUGCAAACGGAUUUAUUGAGGCCACAGAGAAAGCCAUGGCUUUAGAAAAGCUAUGGGAGGAAAACUCGAAGUUCUCAGUAAAAGUAUUGGGAAGCACAGAAAAAGAAAUGGAUCACUAUCUUUCUAGGAUGGAUUUGAAUGAAGUGGAAGAAAUGAUUACGAAAGCAGAAAACCUGUACAAGCAACCGUAUUUCUGGAACCUUCUGCAUUCACUCCCUCAUCUUGAAUCAUACAGCUUUCAUACAGAAGAUGAGUUAGCUGCCAUAGCACAGUUUCUAAAAGUCAUUCAGAAUAUCUUAGCAUCAUUGAAGGAUUUAGCAAUAAUGCCAUUGGGCCAGAAUUUCUAUGAAGUGGUGAAAACAGCACUUAAUUUAACUGCUGUAUCAGUACAGGAUAGGAGCUCACAAGGCUUUCAGUAUAAUCUUUCUCUUGGGGAUGUUUUGCGGAAUCCACAUGCUGUGAGAGCAGAACUUGAAUCCAGGUUUGAUUUUGAUGAUUUGCAUGUUGAGAAGUUACUAAAUUAUACAGCACAGUUAAUGAAGAUUCCCACAGAAGAGACACUGGAGCAGUUGGUGUGCUCUGCUCUGUCCAGUGUGCCAGAAGAGGAAGCAAACAAAGAGAAUAAUGAAGAGAGCUGCAUUUCUGAGGCCAAACUGUAUCUUGUUCAUGCUGUCAGCAAGCUCAGACUCUAUGCACAGGUAUUUGAGCAGUGGUUCAAAAAAAGCAGCAGGCUCUCUCAGAAACUCCUUUUGGAACUUGAAAGAAUCAUAGCUGAUAUAAUGUCUGAGUUUCUAGACAACAGGGAACCCGGGAAACUUUUUUCAGAGAUUAAUACCUUGAUCCAGCAAUGGAAUGAGAAAUCAGAUGCUUAUUUUUCAGAAGGAUAUACCGCAACUCGUGAUCUAAUCCUGCAUCUGGAGAGAGUGCAGUCUCUACUUGGGGCUGUACCUCAGUGGCCUAUUAUGAAGAGAUUGCUUCUGGUAGAUGGAGCUAUAAGGAAUGUAAUAGCACAGUAUUUACAGUUCACUGAAGAAGCUUUACAUAGCCUGGAAAAACUGAUUCCCUUUGCCCAAAGAGAUGGAUUAAUUCAUCUAGAUCUCAAAAAGCUCUUUGUGGAGCUUAAACAGAUAUUGAUGAGCAAUGCUUCCUAUAUGUGCAAUGACAUGCUUACGAUGUUUGAGAAGACCCUGAGAUUUCCACAGGGCUCAGGUGACAUUGACAUUUUAGCGAUGUAUAUGUGCCCUGACAAUGGCUCAGAGGUCACCUUCAAGCUAAAUAAUGUCCAGUCACUAAAGGAAUCUGUUCUGCUUCUUCAGAAAGUAACUCAGGGAGAACAGAGCCUGCCAGAUACAGUAGUGGAGGAUUAUAUGGGAUGGCAAGAAAUAGAAGAGCAGCUAACGAAAAAUUAUGCUUAUUACUGUGAAAUUAAUCAAUUGCUGAGCACAGAGGCACCAUCUGAGGACGAUACCCAGUUCAGCUCUUGUCAGGAAGAGCUGAUCUUCUCACUAGUUAGUAAUACACUCGAAGAAAUUUUGUUUGUUUUUGAAGGAAGCCCAUACUGGAAGGAUUUAACAACUUUUGUCAGUUGGACAUGCGAGGCAGCUCGAUACAUGAAUGAGGAAGCAGGCUCAUCUGGAGCUUCUUCAAGCCACUCUCUAAAUGAAAAUGUAUUGAAUAAUACAACUAUGUGGAUGAAAAAUUUUGCUCAGGGAAAGGAAUCUGCUACCAAUUUCUCACUCACAGUUUCUGAGCUCCAUAAUGAGCUACGAAAAAAUUUUCAGCCUCUUCAGAAAUUCUGGACAAAAGAAAAGACGGAAGUUUUCUGGCAUAUAGUGAAAAUUAUAUUCAAUAAACUUGAUUCUAGGCUUUCUCAUUUGAGUCAAGUCAAAGAGAAGGAGGCAUUGAAGACCUUAUCUAGAACUAUAAUUUCCAUAACAGAAAAUAAAAUCCAUAAUAGAAGUACGCUAUUGCUGCAACAUAUUCUGACUGAUUGGCCAGAGUUAAAUAUUGCUGCUUUGAACCAUCUAAAAUACUUAAGUGAAAACUUCCUAAGGAGUCUCCAUGAGGUCAGAUCAUUGACUGAUGAUCACGUCAAUGUGUCUUUCAGCACAAUUCAUGGAGUGAGUAAUGCUUCCCCUUUAUUACUCUCAGAUGAAACUUUUAUAUCUAAAGUACAAGAAUUAGGAGAAACUGUGCAUGAUUUCUUAAAAAACAUCAAAAAGUUAAACAGUACUACUGUGGCCUCACUUGUUCCAAUACUUUUCUCUCUGUAUCAGAAUGACGACCUCUUCUUAAAUAUUGUGAGCAAUAGUUCUCUGUUAACAUUUUUUUAUGAGACUUCAGAAGAUAUUUCAUCAUUUCAAGUAUGGCAUAAUUUCCAAGAUAGGGACCAAGUUUUUGAUUUUCUGUCUGAAACUUUUGAUCUUCUCUGGAACUUCACCAGUAAGUCUCUCUGUGAAAAGUUACUAAUAAUUUACAAUUAUACAGAAUUUCAAGCUCAGACUCUUGCCCAGAAAAGAAAAAAAGAGAUGCAAGUUAUACAUAGCACCUUGAGCAGCCUUAAAACUUUGUUUAUGGAUGAAGAGCUCCAAGCAGCUGCCUUUUGUUAUUUGGAACAGUUUCUUGAUAUCUCGCCAGGAUGCCUGGUAAAUAAUGAAUGCAUUGAUUUUUAUCUGUCAGACAUUACUUCUGCAGAUCAUUCAGCAGAGGUUUACAACUUACUUCUGCUUCCAUUGAACAGUGUCCUGUCUAAUAUAACAAACUUGGGAGAUAAGAUAAGUCUGCCCUCUGCUUUGCACUGCACUUUUACAUGGCUUCAAACCUGGACAGAGGUUUUUGAAGAAGCAUCCGAAAUCUUAAAUUUGAAUUCAACUUUUUUUGUCUGUCUAAGAAAUGAUUUGGCAGAUUUCUCUGAAAGUGUUUUAAACACAACUCAUGAUAAAUUCUGCAAUAAUACAGGUAUGGUGGUUGUUGAAGCUACAGCAGCAGCAAUGCGUCUAUUAAAAAUUGUGGUUGAAGGAGAUGGUGAAUUAAACAACUGGAAAGAUUUUGAAGCUUUCCUUGCCACCCUUCGAAGUGUAUUUAACAAUGCAGUUGAUGUCACAAGCUUGCUUGAAAAUAACAAUUUAGAAGGUGUUUUAGAAAUUAUGGGUAUCAUGAUAACUGAACUGCAGAAAUCUAUACUGAAGGCUGUUAGCAGAGAGUUUUUGAAUUCUUGGCUUGAUACUUUCAUCUCAGGAGGAUCCAAGGGAGAAGAUAGGGAUGCUGGUGUAUUUUCCAUUGGAAAUUCCCUUUCUACUGUUCUCAAGCUCUCUCAAAAAGAACUUGGAAUUAUUCUCACUGAGAUAAAAGACACAGCUGCUUUCUUUAACAGUAUAUCUCAAGACAAAUACAUGGUUUGUAUCAGCAUUUUCCAGAAUAUUACCAAACUGAUUUUGGACAAUACUCUGAAAAACAUAAGCCAUUUGCAAACAAACUUUUCAUCUCAUCUCAAUUCCUUUCUAAACUUUUAUAGUAUGGUUGAAGCAGAGGGCUGUAACAGAUGGAUACAUGAAUUAAGUAAUCUCAGUGAAAAAUACAGGUCACCUUCCCACCUUGAAAGUGCAAAACAUAUUUUAUUUCUACUGAAAUAUUUGGGAAACAUUGAACCAGAUGCCAAGCUCAUGAAUGUGAUGGACUUUGUUAAUUUGAUUUUUAAUUUGAUACUCCCUGAAUGUUCCCAAACUGCUUCUGAAGUGAUUUGUGUAAAUGUUUAUUUCAAUAUUAUAUCAAAAACUUUAGAAUUUACGCUCCCUGAAUUUUAUGUAAAAGGUGAUAUUAGCGUGCAUGAAUUUAUUUUUAAACUUUUAAAUAACUCUGGAGGGCAAAUACCAAUAGUUUUCGAUGAUUUAGUGAGGCACUCACAGUAUACAUCAAACAAAACCCAUCUUAGUCAGUCAGUCCGUGGAUUUAACAGGACUUCAAGAAUAUUCCUUAAUCAUUUUCACCAUGUUCAGCUUUCAUUAGUAGAACUCCUGGCAGAAAUCAAAACUCUUCUGAAAAACAAAAGUUUUGAAAUCCAGGAAAACAGUUUCUCUCAUCUGGAGAUUGAACCUUUCUUGCUUGAAAAAAAUAUCAAUUUGAUGGAAUUCUUUCAAUAUGUGAUUAGUAAACUUGACUCAAACUUGCAGGAUGAACAUAAGUCAUUCUUCCAGAAACUGACAGAAACUGCAGCUCUGAAUAUUGAACUGAUCAGGAAGGCACUUGAAGUUUUCAAGCCUUCCAGUUUUACUGGCCUUCCAUUAAGCAAUGAUAAAGAGUUUCUAGAGCAUAUGGUUGCCUUGGUGCAGAGUAUGAGGAACAUGGAUGUUGAGUUCUUGAUAAGUCAAUUCAAGCAAGUUCAGAGCAACCUAGAUUAUUUCUUUAAAAGUGUGAAGCCUUUGUAUAUUUACAGCUCCGUGUUAGGAAUGUUAACAGACUGGUGGGAUGCACUUGAGAACAAUUCAUGUAACUGGAACCUUACUGGUUUAGGACAAAUAACACGACUCUUUGAACAAGAUGAGCCCUACAAUGUAGAGGAGAUGUUCCGCCUCCUUCUUGAUGUCAUCAGCCUUACAGAAAGACUAGCUCAUGGAAAUAUCACAGAGGCAUUAACUGAGGUCUAUGCUUUCGUACUGGCUCAGGAAGCAAAGAUGCCAAUGCUUACUGAACAGGAGUUUUCUAAUCAAGUAGAAAGUCUUCUAAUGUUACUGGAGACACUGAAAAAUAUAUCUGAUGAACAUGCAAAUGCCUCAGUUUGUUUUUCUGCAACAUUCUGCUGGACCCUGACAACAGCCACACCUCAGAAUGAUCCCACUUUCAAACUUUGUGACUUUGUGCAUGGUAAUUAUACUUUUAGUCACAAUGCAGUCAUUGAAGUUAUUAAGGAGCUGAAAAUCAUCACUUUGGAGAAUAGUUCCUCAUGCACUAUGGAAAACUUUCAGACAGAUAUCGCUCACAAUUUGACUUGCUUUUUUCAUCAGAUCCGAGAAUGGAACUCUGUUCUUUUGAAUUUUUCUGAGCUCCGUCAUGUAAAUGGCUCAGUUCUCAAAGAGCUGCUAGAUUUUUGGAAUGAGCUAUACCUCCACACUGUGCCACUGCACGUGAUUAAUGCACGCUCAAUCAAUUGUUCCUCCGCACCGAAGAGAAAAGUGGCUUUACGCACCAUAGAAACACUGAGCAGUAUGCCAGUGGCAGAAAUGGAGAUAGCCAAAGGUGUUCUUGAACAGCUGAAAGCUCUUUAUGCUGGCCUAGGUUGGAAUAGACGUUCAAAAACUUCUCUUAUAAAGACUGUUCUUAAUAAUGUUAAGAAUAUGACCAGUGAAGUUUCUGGACUCCUGGAUACAGAAGCUGUCCGUUCCUUUCUUUCUGUAAUUCAGCCUUUAAUUAUGCUGUCUUCUGUUGGAAAUCAGACAUACUCAGUUCUUAUGGCAAUGUCGGCUUUAAAUGGAAGCAGUAACGUAUCUGAUGACUUUGAGAACUUCUGGUUUCCUAUAGUUACAAGCAUAGAAGAUUUAUUGGUGAAUUUCAAUGUUACACACUUACUUGCAAUGAUAGAUCAAGAGUUUCAGUUACUAGGGUUAGCCACUGGACAAUCCUCUUCAAUGACUCUUGAUGUUUUAAUACAGCAGUUUAAUACAUCAUCUGUAGGUGCUAUGUUAAGAAAUCUUGAAGACAUACAAGAGAUUGUGAACAGCUUUAUGUGUGAGUGUAGCAAUAAAAAUAAUUCUAAAAUAAUGCAUACUCUGUUUCUUACUCUGGCUAAUGAAAAUUCAUCAAAUGACCUACUGCUAGUUGUCAAAGACAUUGUUGACUUUCUGGAACUAUUCCACAAUAAGUCGAAGGAAGAUUACACUGGUAUGUUGUUUGUUGAUGGUCAUCUUAACAGAGAAAAAUUGAAUAACAAUCAUAUUGCUAAUUCAUUUUUGCUAAACAAUUUCCUUCAUAAAAUUGCUGAUCUUGCUGGUAUAGAAGAAGCUCUGCAUGCAAACAACACUGAACUUGAGACAGUUGAUUUCAUUGACUCAUUUUUUGGUAACACACGAUAUAGAGAAGUUUCUACACAAUCUCCUAAGGGAACUCUGGAGAUCAUGAACGAGAUCUUCCAAAUGAUGUUUCACUCUACCACAGAAUAUGGCAGGAACAAAACAACCUUCUUACUCAAGGAUUUGCAUAGGGAUAUAAUGGCAGAAAUGAGAGCACCUAAAAUCUGCAAGAUUUUUCAGAAACGUUUAUAUCCUGCUAGUGUCCUACUAUUGCAGAAGCUGCAGUUUAUGAUUUUGAAUAUGCUUAAAAUCUUUUCAGAAGAACCAGUUGUGAGUGGGAACCUUUUCUGUGUUGCUACAAAGUGUAAGGAUGGAUUAAUGAGUCACUUACUCCUCUCUACCAUUGAAGCAAUCGCUCUCGUUCAAGAUCAUUAUCAGAACUGUUUUGCUCUGGCCUUGUCCUCUCAGCAGCUGGAUAUCUUUGGCAAAACAUUAAACGUUCAGAUAAUUUCAGCAGCUCAGUCAGAAACACAGAAUGGUGCUUAUAUGAAAGUCAAAGAAUAUGUGCAGAACAUUACUCAGUUGAUGCUGGACGUUAGUUCUUUUGUCAAUAUUUCUGAAGAAACCAUCAGCACCAUCUUGGAAGCCAGUAUAUCUCAUUCAAAGUUCUUUUACAGUGCCUUUGUGGUAGCUUUAAGUGGAAGAUGUGAUGAAGAAGUACUUGGCCUGCUGCUAAAGCUACCUGAAAACAGUGAAACUCCCUUAGUAGCGGAAGAACUAUGUUCUUUACCAGCACUGGACUUGUAUACCAUGUUUGUACUGAUCAUAAAGAAUUUGAACUUGCGUCAUAUCAUUUACAAGAUAAAGAUACCAUCUGAGAUAGGCAAUGUACUAAACAUGCUCCUGGAUGUGAUUUCUAGUAUCAGCUCUCUUCUCAGUAAAGCCCACUAUGUCAUGGAAAACCUUCCAGUGUUCCUCCAAGGAAUUCAAAAUAUUGGUGCAAUUGACAUCUCUGCAUUGCAACAGUUCUUGCAAGGUGGGGAGUUCAGAAGCUCAGCUGUUGGAUCGCUGGAGUCUGUCAUCAAGGCAGUGUGUAAAGAAGAACCUUCAUUUUUCAGCAAUGCAAACCUCUUCAUCGACAUGCCCAGAAUCGUGGGACUCUUGGAGGACAAUAUGGCAAAAUAUGGCAUUCCUGAAGACUCAACUCCAUUUUGCUUGAAGCUUUAUCAGGAGAUUUUGCAGUCUUCUAAUGGGGCUUUGCUGUGGACUUUCCUGAAACCUUUGUUACAUGGGAAGAUACUGUACAAUGCAAACAUCAACAUGAUUGACCUGGUGAUGGAAAAGGCUAAUUUCACCUUUGAGUUUGUGGAAAACUUGAAGAUAUAUUCUGAGACAUGGCUUAGGAUGUCUGAGGUUUUUAAAACCAGUGGAAAUGUCCUCACAGUUUCAAGACUGCAGGAAGCACUGCAAAGCAAUUUCAUAAAGCACUUUAUAGAAAGUAAUUUGGAUAUCAACAUGGAAAAUCUCUUUAAAAAGAUGCAAGCUUAUGAAACUAUGAUGAACAAGAUGCUCAACAGCUCAGCAAGUAAGCAGAUUGAACUGUUGUCACAGCUUGUGGUAAAUAUAUCUUCCUGUGUGUUGCUGGACCGUUUCCAGCCUUUUGACUCUAUUGAGGAGUUGGAGGAGAAGACUCAUGAACUCAUGCAGCAAAAUAAUUUUUUGGCUA